AUGCUAAGGAAUACCUCGAUGGAUUUGGAAGGUCACAAGAGCCAGCAUCAGCAUCAGCAUGUGCGCAGCCGCUCCAUCAGCCAGGGCACCGUGCUCGGCAUGCAGGACCAUGAGCUUCCCGCUGCGCCUGUGCCGCCUCGCCCCGCGGCUGUAACUUGGAUGUCGCUGCCGCGGAAGGGCCAAUUGGCGCUGCUAGGUUUGUGCCGGGUGUUUGAUUUCCUGCAGAUUGCCUCGCUGCAGGCGUACAUGUUCUACCAGCUUAAGUCGUUUGAUCCGAACCUGUCCGACUCAGACGUUGCGACCCAGGCAGGUAUUCUUCAGGGUGCUUUCACUGCUGCUCAGUUUGCGACUGCUAUUCCCUGGGGUCGGGUUGCGGAUGCUGAGUGGGGUGGGCGGAAGUUUGUCUUGCUUGUUGGUCUUAUUGGUACUGCGAUGUCGUGCUUGGGUGUCGCUUAUUCGACGUCGUUCGCGCAGGCCGUGUUCUGGCGCUCAUUUGGCGGCGCUAUCAACGGCACUGUCGGUAUCAUUCGGACUAUGAUUGCGGAGAAUGUUAAGGAAAAGAAAUAUCACUCCCGCGCUUUCUUAAUUCUACCUAUUGGCUUCAAUGUGGCCUCGUUGUUCGGUCCUGUUAUGGGUGGCAUGUUGGCUGAUCCAGUUAAGAGCUACCCUCGCCUUUUUGGUCUUAACUCCUCAUUUGGAGGUGAAAAUGGAGUGCAGUGGCUCGAGAAAUACCCGUAUGCGCUGCCUAUGUUCGCAAACUUCUGCUUCCUUUCUUGCACCGCCGCUUUGGUUGCAUAUGGGUUAGAAGAGACCCUCGCAUCUUGCAAGGGUAAGCCUGGCUUGGGUGCAUUUGCCAUGAAGCUGUUUGCGCGCAGCAUCAAGGCAGUAGUUCCCUCUUCUUCGCCUUUGUACACCAGACUUCCUUUCCGUGACUACGAAGAGGAUGGACCUUUGCUAGGCAGACCUUUAGACCGUUCCGAGAGCUACGAACUCGAAGAAAAGGCCCACAAGCCCGUGCGUCUCCAGCGCGUCCUGCCAUUCCGCAGAAUCUGGACCAAGAACGUCCUGUGCACACUUGGAGCACAGGCAUUCUUCGACUUCCAAAUGGGUGCUUUCAACAACCUCUGGCUCCUCUUCCUUUCAACCCCCCGCUAUGACGCCAAUGACCCGGCCAGCCCCGCUCAAAGCCUGCCAUUCGCCUUCACGGGUGGACUCGGUAUGCUGCCCCAGAGCGUCGGCUUCGCAACCGCCAUUCUAGGUGUGAUCGGCAUGUUCCUUCAAUUCACCGUUUACCCAUCCAUCAACGGCCGCCUCGGCACAGCCAAGAGCUACCAGUAUUUUCUAGCCCUCUUCCCACUUGCCUACUUCAUCGCUCCCUACAUCUCGCUCGCGCCAUCCACCAUCCCGCCACCUGGCCAAGCAAACGGCCCCUGGGUCUGGUUCUGGAUCAUCAUCGUGUUAUUCUUCCAAGUCACCGCACGAACCUUCACCCUGCCCACCUCCAUCAUCCUACUGAACAACUGCUCGCCGCACCCCUCGGUCCUGGGCACAAUCCACGGUAUCGGCCAGUCCGUGUCGUCCGCAUUCCGCACCAUCGGCCCUAUCUUCUCGGGUGCGUGGUACGGAUACGGUCUGGACAUCGGCAUGGUUGGCUUUGCCUGGUGGAUGAUUGCCCUGGUAUCCGUGUUUGGAUGCCUUGCAGCUAUCUUCGUCUAUGAAGGUUCUGGGCAUGAGAUCCUUCUUCCCGGCGAGGAUGACGAGGUCGAACAUGCCUCUUAG